UUCUAAGGUGCCCCAAGUCCUCCUGUUUUUUUUGCGGAUACAGACCAACAGGGCUCCUACUCUGAAACCUUUGAUAUGAUAGUUACUUUUCGUUCUUUUUCUGCGCAUGUCUAUAAUCAACUAUAAUCCGGGUUGCUGUCACUGAGAUUUGGUUUCUGGCUGAGCUGUGCCCCCCCAGCCCCGUGGGGUAAAUCUGCCCGUGGGGUGCAGAGAGGAGGGUUAGCUGCUAAGGGCCACUGCACGAGGUGUUAGGGCGGUCUAUGCAUACAGCUCGCUGUUAGGGCCCCAGUGCAUACUCCGCGUGCGUGUGCUGCAAACUUGUUCAGGGCCCUGGCUUAGGGGGAGAGGAAAGGUUUGCAAAGACAGCCGGCUGGUGCUGGGAGGGAGGCAUGGCCUGGGAUUGUGGAAGCUGCUUUCAUCCUGGCUAGGAAAAACGGUGCUGGCUCUUUAACCCCACACCAUCCUUUGUCGGGGGGGGGGGGAGAGGAGGCAAGCUUUCUGUCUCUGACUGUGGGAGAGGAGGGGGUACAGUGGUUAAAGCAGGGGGGCUGGGAGUCAGGACUCCUGGGUUUCAUCCCCAGCUCUGGGAGGGGAGUGAUGUCUAGGGUCUCAGAGGUUAAGGGCAGAUGGCAUCAUUAGAUCAUUUUGUCUGACCUUCUGAAUAUCCCAGGACAUUAAACUUCACCCAGACAGUUGUAGGUUGAGCCCAAUGACUUUAGUAUUUCCACCCUCAAGAGCUUAAGGCAGAAGUGGGCAAACUACCACCCACCAGCCAUUUUAAGCUAGCCCUCAAGCUCCUGCUGGGGAGCAGGGUCUGGGACUUGACCCACUCCAGCUCGGGUGAAGGGUCGGGGGCCACUCCACGCAGCUCCCGGAAGCUGUGGCAUGGCCCCCCUCUGGCUCCUACGCACACCAAGGAUCCCGCUCCAAUGGCCCCCUCCAGCAGUCCAAUGGGAGCUGCAGGGGAGGUGCCUGCGGAUGGGGCAGUGUGCAGUGCCACCUGACCACGCCUCUGCAUAGGAGCUGGAGAAGGGACAUGCCGCUGCUUCUGGGAGCUGCUUGAGAUGUGACCCUCGGGCCAAAAAGUUUGCCCAGCCCUGACUGAAGGGGUUGUGAGCCCCAAGCAGAGAACAGGCGAGAACCAGCGUCUCUGGUGUUAUGCGGGGAUUGAUUAGAACCCUGUACAGUCCCUGCGCUCUACUCACCAUGCCCGUGGAGGAGUUUGUGGCUGGCUGGAUUUCAGGAGCUGUGGGUCUGGCCUUGGGGCACCCAGUGGACACAGUGAAGGUGCGGCUGCAGACGCAGUCUGGCUAUCGGGGGAUCCUGGACUGCGUGAUCAAAACAUACUGCAAUGAAACGGUCCUAGGCUUCUUUAAGGGGAUGAGUUUCCCACUGCUGAGCGUGGCCCUGGUCAACUCAGUGAUGUUUGGGGCCUACAGCAAUGCCCUGCUGUACCUGAGUGCCACCCACCACCACGAACACCGUGCCAACUCCCCCAGCUACGCCCAUGUCCUCACUGCUGGCAGCUUCUCCGGCCUGAUGCAGGCCGUGGUCCUGGCUCCUGUUGACCUGAUCAAAGUUCGGCUGCAGAACCAGACUCACUCCUAUGGGCUGAGGAGUCCAGUGGGGGGCCCUGGAGCCCAGUACCGGGGCCCGGUGCACUGUGGUGCCUGCAUAUUCCGUGAGGAGGGGGUACUGGGCCUGUUCCGGGGCACCUGGGCCCUGGUGCUGCGAGAUACACCCACUAUGCCCGUCUACUUCCUCACCUACGUCAGCCUGUGCCGGGCUGUGACAGAGCCAGGGAGAGAACCGGGCCCGAUGACAGUUUUCAUAGCUGGGGGCUGUGCUGGCACAGUCUCCUGGGCCUUAGCCACGCCCAUGGAUGUGAUCAAGGCCCGGCUCCAGAUGGACGGGGUGAAGGGACUGUCCUACCACGGGGUCUUGGAUUGCAUCCGCAUCAGCGUUCGGCACGAGGGACCCCGGGUUUUCCUAAAGGGCCUUGCCCUGAACAGCAUCCGUGCCUUCCCUGUCAACGCGGUGACCUUCUUGAGCUACGAGAACAUCCUGAAACUCAUCCGCUGAGCCCCACCCUGCUCCCUGCAGCAUCAUUCCCCUCCAUCACCACACUGGGAGCCAGCACUGACUGCCAGGGGAGAGCACCCCCUACUGAGCCCCGCAGCAGAGUGCCCCCGGCGUUGUGCUGGGGCAUGGAGGUCAGCACCGACUGCAAGAGCAAGGCAGGAUCACCCCUCCUACAGUCUAUCCCCCAAGGUUAGGCUGUGUCCUAGAUUCAAAUGUCCUGAGUGACGUUGGUUCUCCCCACUUUCCAUGCAUCUUAGCACCUCGGGGAGAGGAACUGCCUGGCAGUGGUGGGGAGGGUUAGUGACUUGGGAGCUGGGGAUGAAAGAGAGGGAAUGAGAACUGAGGAGCUCGUCUAGGGGGUAGGGGAAGAGGAGAGAGAGUGAGUGAGUGUGCGCGCGAGAGCGGGGGGAAUGGUCAUGCUGCUAAAAAACACAGUCACCAGUGAGGCCUCCUGGGUUCUAUGCCAGAUCUAGGACUAGAGGGGGAGUCAGUUCUGCUGGGUUCUUUUCCCAGCUCUGGGAGGGGAGUGGGGCCCAGUGGUGCAUGUGGGGGAAAGGAGGGGCCAUAGGCAGAGCAGUGUGGGGGAAGGAGUUCUAGGAGUAGGAGGAUUUCUCCUUAUCCAGCUAUAGCAGCAUUUCCCUAGCAACCAAAAUUCUACUUAAUACUCAGUCAGCAAACUCUCUGCUGUUGGCCCAGUCUGACAGGCAUAGAGACCCUGCCACCGCCACCCUGGAGCAGGCUGCAAUGUGCAGGGACCAAGGGAGGCAAGCUAAACCUAUUAGACAAUAGCCCCAGAGUCAGGAAUUGAAGCUAGGAGUCCUGUCACCCCUGCUCUAACCCACCACACCCCACUCCCCUCCUAGAGCUGGCAGAAAACCCCCAGGUGGCCUAACUCCCUGCUCUGUGAUUUUUAGCUGUAACCCACUAGACAAGCCCCUCCAAGCCCACUAGACCCCACUCUCUACCAAGCGCUCAGAAGAUCCCUAAUACAAGCUCUUUGCCACAAUACCUGGAGGGCUGGGUCUUUGCCAUAGAUGUGAUGGAACAGUAGAGGCUUCCCAGCUCAUUUACUGCCGUGGGAGGGGGGGAAAAUCGGAGAGGCAGGUCCCUGUCCUUGCCAGCUCCCUGUGGCCCCUCUGGCUGCUCCCAUCCUCCUAGGGUACAUCUCAGGAAAUGCAAGCCAACAACGUGGCAACGGAUUCCUUCGCUGCUGCACAGGAGGGACAAUCCUCCCUGAAUGGCACAGCUCACUGCACUGCACGGGAGGGAAAGCCAGGCCAGGAUUGGACAUCCCGUUCCUAACUCUGUUGGAGUUUCAUGGUUAGAGCCUAAGGUGCAAAGCAGGAAAGGGACAUGCCCCAAAGUUCACAGAUUUCAGAGUAACAGCCGUGUUAGUCUGUAUUCGCAAAAAGAAAAGGAGUACUUGUGGCACCUUAGAGACUAACCAAUUUAUUUGAGCAUAAGCUUUCAUGAGCUACAGCUCACUUCAUCAGAUGC